AUGACUGAGCCCCACAGGGUUUCGUUCACCACUCUUCACGGUCCACCAAGCAGCAGAUUCUUCAGAAGUUCUCGGGAAGAUGAUGGAGAGCAGCCCCAGGACUCUGAACCAGCUGCAAAAACUGUUCGAAUCACAGUCACUCUCUUCAAGCCAGAUAACAAACAUUGUCCAGAAUUUUUCUACCCAGAUCUUCUGGAGAGUUGUCAAGGGAGCGUAACAGGUGGUUCUUCAGAGGACAAGAAUAAAGACCCUGCUGAUGCCUUUAAUGAUGGUGAAAAGGAAAGGCAAGAAGUGGAGGGUCCUGCUAGGACAUUUGGAGAAAAACAUGGUGGCAAGAGAUGUAGGAAGGACCGUAUUCAGGACUUGAUUGACAUGGGGUAUGGAUACGACGAAUCUGACUCCUUCAUCGAUAAUUCUGAAGCGUACGACGAGCUCGUUCCGGCUUCUCUUACUACGAAGUAUGGAGGGUUUUACAUCAACACAGGACCACUGCAAUUCCGGCGAGUGUCUCAAUCUGAAGAUGACUAUGUUAAAGAGAAGAAGAAGUGUCCCAAGAAGCGGAAGUUGGAGGAUGGAGGUGAAAUAGUGACGAAGAAAAAUUAUUCUUAUGACAAGGAAAAGAAGUCCAAGUUUCCGAUAGCUCGCUUUACGGCAUUAAAUGAAAGUGUGGAGAGAAAGAUAAAAAUGAAGAAAUACUGUGGAGCUCUUAGUGUGGAGGAGAUGCUGAAUAAGUUUCAGAAGGAGAAGGAUGCUGAGAAGAAACAAGAAGAGGAGCAAAAAAUGGCGACUUGGACACCGGCAGAACCUGCAGCCCCAAGGGAGGCGGAGGUGGUGGAUGACCCUUCUCUCUUGCUCUUCGGCCAUGCCAGUGAUAACGACCUGCUUCAGGCAGCGACGGCCAUGGGCCCGUUAACUGACCUGGACCUGGAGCAGCUCCUGCGUGAAUCCCCAGAAGGGAGUCCCUUUCCUGAUGUGGAGGAUGGGAGCGAUGCUAUUGGGAUGGGCUUGGAGCAGGAUUUGAAGCAAGUGCUAUCCCUCCCUGAAGGCCUGCCAGCCCCUUUGGAGAAGCCCAUCAAAGAAGUGGCUCAGGUAUGGCAGGGCGUUGUAGGGCAAGGCCGUAGACUAUUUUUCCUGGUGACCCUGGUCAACACUGUGUUUGUUUUGUUCUUCAGCAUCGAGCUGCAGACGCGGGAGCUGAACAGCCAGAUCCGGUCAGGGGUGUACGCCCACCUGGCUGCUUUCUUCCCGUGCAGUAAGGACACUCUGGUGAAACGUGCCCGUAAGCUUUAUCUCUACGAGCAGGGUGGCUGAUUGAAGGAACCUCUGCAGAGGCUAAAGGAAGCCAUUGGAAGGGCCAUGCCGGAGCAGAUGGCCAAGUACAAGGAGGAAUGCCAAGCCCACACUCAGGCCAAGUUUGCCAAGGAGCUGCUUUGCCACUUGGUGAAGAUUAAGUUGGAUGGUUAUGACCUUGACAAGAAUAAGGCUCAGUCUCUAGAGGAUUAUGUGAAGACCUUCCUAGAUGGAGAGGUGAAGCCCCUUUGGCCAAAAGGCUGGAUGCAGGCCAGGUGA